UAAGACGCGCAGGUCCGAGUAAACAAUGGAGGUCCGUUCGCGUGCCAGUGUUCAAAAUAAACCGAAUCGCGCGCAACACGCCGUUUUUACAACGAAUGCGCGAUUUUAAGAGCACGUUUAUAAAACACGUUGUUUCUCGGUUUCAUAUGUGAGGAAGUACGUCAUCAUACGGUCGCAUGUAAAAACCAAUGAUGAAGGCGUUCAGCGGGAUUUAAACACUACAAAAACACAAGCAGCUGGUAAAAUAGCAGUUUACUGUCCAUCCGUGAACACACGUGUCCCUUUAUAAUAGAAAUGAGUAAACGAGAAGACGAGGGAUGCGCCCGAAAACGAAAGACAGAAGCCGGCCCGAAAUCCGAGGACUGCACGAGGCCGGACUCACCUGUCAUCGCUGCGUUCAAAGUAUUCCAGCAUGAACUCGACACCAAGCAUGAUAAAUACGAGCGUUUGGUGAAGAUCAGUCGAGAUGUCACCAUUGAGAGCAAACGGACCAUAUUCCUCCUGCACAGAGUCACCAGUGUUCCAGAUGUUGAGGAGAUCCUGAACGAGGCAGAUGUGAAACUGGAUGGUGUGAGGCAGAAGAUCGGACAGAUAGCAGAAGAACUGAAAGGAGAAGAUUUACACCAGUUUCACCGAGCGUUUACACCAGGCAUUCAGGAGUAUGUUGAGGCCGUGUCCUUCCAUCACUUCAUCAAACAUCGCACACUCAUCAGCCUGGAGGAAAUCAACGCUCGUCUGGUCUUCAUGAGAGAAAAUAAGGGUGAAGGUGAGGUCGUGUGGGCCAGCCCGAGCGUAUUGACCUUCCAGAUAACGCCGAUCGACUACCUGCUGGGCGUAGCGGACCUGACGGGCGAGUUGAUGCGCAUGUGCAUAAGCAGCGUGGGCAACGGCGACAUAGACACCCCCUUCCAGCUCAGCGGCUUCCUGCGGGAAAUCCACGACGGCUUCUCCUACAUCGGCAACACGGGACCCUACGAGGUGUCUAAGAAACUGCACACGCUGCGGCAGAGCCUGGGGAAGGUGGAGGACGCGUGUUACACCCUACGCGUGCGCGGAUCCGAGAUUCCCAAACACAUGCUAGCCGACGUGUUCUCCAGCAGGCCGGCGACACAUUUGGACCGGGAGGACCCGAUGGUGUGAGAUACCGAGAUGCGACGCGUGUCCUUUCAUGUGCAUGUUGGACUUUGCGAAUAGACUGGGCAUAUUAUUGUGAGAGUAUUUUUAGUUUAAGGACUCAUUUCUCUCUGUAUUUGUUUCAGUGGUUGCAUGUUGUUAACACGUCUAGUUCUUCAGUUUUCAGCUGUUGUAUCUUGUUCCUUCUAAUCUGCCUGAAAGCUAUAAACAUGUUUACCGUUAUUUUGAAAUCAAACAGCCUCAGAACUGACAAUAAAACUGUUUUUUGGUACAAACUUGGCUCCCUGGAUACAUCUCAACAGAUCACAUUAGGGUGACUAUUUAAUAAGUGGUUAGUUAGUUAUUUCUCAAAUAC